UAUAAGAAUUGCACUGUGUACAGUAUAUAGAGCAGAAAGGGUUGUAAGAAUGCUGCAUCUUUGGAGAGUUCAAAUAUGCAUGAAUUGCAUGAAUAAUUUUUUUUUAAACUUGUGCCUUUACUGCUAUGCAAGAGAAUGUUGAUACAUUUUUAUGCAUCAUUGAAGUUUGGCACAUUUACUAAAGAAUAAUGCCGUAUCUUAUUUUGUUAGCUUUGCUUUCCACAUUUUCAGUUCAUCUAAUAUUGUUUUAUUUUAAAUUUCUGUGGCCUCUCAUUAGUGGAUAAAGGUAAGCUGCCAGAAGCUGUUGUUAAAAAGCUGACAGUGUUAAAGCAGCUUCAACUUCAACUUGUUUUCGUUAGACUCUAAUCUGAAAAAGUGCAUAUUAUUAUAUCACUUUGACUUCUCUGCAUGAAAUAAGCUUAAUUCUUCUUGCUACUGGUAAUAAUAAAGUGUUGGGCAUUCAGUCUUUUAUUCACUAGUUUUAAGAAAUGUGAUGAGUGAUUCCUUGAACAUUCACAUUCUAAAUGUACAUAAUUCUUGGGGAAUUUUGAUUAGUUUUAUAGAAGUGUAGAAAGUAAUUGUUCUUUUUGUCCUGAAUUUAAACUAUUAGGUCAUUAAAAAGUAGAAUUUUUACAGGUAGACUAAAGAAUAUGAUAUGAAUGGACUGUAUAUAACAAGACAAAUGUCCAGUGUAUAUUUAUAUUUUGUUCUUUCACCAGAAUAGUGUGUUUAGCAAGCAACACUGCGUAUCUCAAUGCAGAGUAAUACAGUCUGUCACACAGUAAUGCUCAUUUAAUUACCUGCAUUUUGUAAAAAAUUUUAUUUUUGUCAUAGACUCAUGAAGGGAAACAUGAAAGAAUCGAAGCAUUGAGGAUAAAUGGCCACACCUUUUUUUCCCUAUGAGUCAAUUUUUUCUGGGGCAGAUGGACCCCACCUAUUCAUUAGGGAGUCAGAAGACACAAGAUUUCAGUGGGAGCUCUGACAAACAAAAGGCUGCAGAAGUGAUUAUGGUCUUCUCUGUGGCAUAACAAGCUAAUGAAGACCAAAAUUUAACGUUCCGAUAAUUUAUCCCUGACAGAUCUCAGAAAAUUUGUUUUGUCUAUGCUAAGGACCUUAGGAACCAGAGUAAAGGUUUCAGCAGUUUGUGAAUGCUCCUUAAUUUUUCUUCCAGGAUUAAAAUGUAGAAUAUUAUUUUUGGAGCCAAUUUUUUGUUUGAGGUAUUUUGAUUUGUUUUCCUUGCAUGGAGUGCUAUGUAACUUUGCUGACUUAUCAAUAAGCUUUCCUGAGGAGACAGGAGUAUUUAGGUAUCAUUUUUCCUCCUUCCUUUUUCCCUUCUCCAAAUCACUCUCAGACUGAGAGUAUUUUUGUAUUUCUCUUACUUUUCAGUCUUACAUAGUAGGUACUGUUACUAAAACAGAGAGAAGCAGUACUCUUUUCUAGAGGAAAAUCACAUCUUAACAGUAACAUCACUCUUGUAAUGAAAAGCAUUAUAUUUUAGCUUAUUUGUCCCCUAAUUCAGAGUAUAGUACUUGGCCUGCCGUGUUCUCUUUGGCUUGUAGAAAUCACUGCAUCUCUUGUGAUUAGCAGCCAUGGGAUAUGAGUCUUUAAGUGAAUUUCCCAUCUAUAUCAUCAUUUAGAUGGGCAAAUAUUACCAUGGCAAGACUUUACUGUUCUGAAGAUUAUUUCUGAAGCAUGCUCCAGAAAUGUAUGUCCCCUAAUAAAGCUGUAGUAAUACUGGAGCAUAACAGAUUAUUUUCUUCCAAAAGCCUGUAAAUACCAGUUCCAAAUGAUUCUCUAAACAUUUACCACCUUAGCAAACUAUGACUAUGGCUUCUGUUAUAAAUAGCAACAUCUGUGGUCUACCUAUUUUGAUAUUUGUCCUGUAAAAGGACUAUUAGCAGAAAGAAAAAGAAUUCUUGAAUUGCACAUAAUUAAACUGAUUACCAAGAAGAAAACAUUUUCACUCAUUGAUUAAAAAUUGUCUUCUGAUGUAUAACAUAAAUUGUAUGUGUGUAUAUAUAUAAUUUACAUAGCUUUAUAUGUAUAUGUGUAUAUAUUGGACAUCUGUAUGAACUAUGAGAACACCCACAUUUUUAUGACUAUUAAACAAUGUAAUGAACAUUUUUUUCAUAAUAUACAUAUAUACAGAAACUAAAUAGAAAAUAUGAACAGAUGAACACUGUGGAUGUUCUCAUCAAUAUAUGUGUAAUCUUUUUUCCGAACUGAAGAAGCUCAUGGUCUCAAUAAUGUCUUGUGGCAAAGAAUUCCACAGGCUGAUUAUGUGCUGUGUACAAACGUUCUUUUUUAUUGGUUUUGAAUGUGAUGCCUUUAAUUUUAUUGAAUGUCCCUUGUUAUGUAGUAUAAGAAGAAGGAAAACAGGAAUUCCCAUUUUGUUUUCCCUUAGAGUAUAUGUUUCUUUCUUCAGUUUUCCUAGCUAGGCUAAAUGACCUGAUUUUUUUUUUUAUUAUUAUUUUUUAAAUUUAUUUACCUUGCAGUCUUCACAGUCAUAUCCUUUGCCUGGCUUUGAACUUACAGUGUUGCUGACAUGUUUUGAGCUACCCUGUUCCCCAUAACACUUAGCAGACCAUCUCAGUUGUUCUCUUUCAGUUGAGUUAAUCCAAAUGAUGGCAGAGAACAUGUGAUAGUGAUUCCUUUCCGUUUCAAUCUGAAAAGGCAUUAAAAUGCCCUAUUAUUAUAAUUUUAAAGCUUUGGUAUCAAUAAUUUGCCCCAGUUACUACUUCUUAAAAACAAUUUAGAGAAAAGUUGUGCAUUUAUCCCUGCCAUAUGCUGGGGAGCAACUUCUUAUAGCUCAAAUCUAAACCCUGAUAAACUGGGCUUUUGCCAAGCUGUUUAUCUAGGGUGCUUUCAUAGAUACAUGCAUAGUAUAGGUUAGCAAAGAGAGGCUGACGUCUUAAAUGGAAGAAAAAUGUUUAUGCUCAGAGUAACAGACAAGGAUUUAGCAUAUAAAAUUAUCUUCAGAAUUGAUUCACAGUUCAUUCCCUUUCUGUUUCCAAGCUUCAGUACGGAAGAAGAAGGGUAAGGGGAAGCAUUUUGUCUCUUGUUUAACCUGUUUCUCACCUUUCCAUAGUGGAGGAUAAUAACAUAAUGUAAAUGUUGGCAUAUGGUCCAGUUUAUUUUAUGGUGUCAAACGUACAUUAGUUAUUGUAUAUGUUUUUUAGUUACUUAGUUAACAAAUUGCAAACACACUAAGAACUAAAGCAGAAGACUACAUUUGAAAAUAUUCCCUACAUUCCUUCCUUUUGUCUCCUUUCCUUCAUUUUGCCUUUCUUUCCUUCUUUCUAUCCAACUCUUUUCCAAACCCUUCCAUUUCAUCUCCUCACAGUUACUGUGCUAACUGGCAGCCACUGAGAGUACAUGGCCAGUAACACAUCCUCAGUGUAGUCCUACGUUAGUGAUUUCAUUUGUCUUUUUGAUGGCCAAAUGUUACUCACGUAACCACACUGUCUCUAUCUCAGGAAGUAGGGAUCUUGCACACAACACUUGAACUUUUGACCUGGAGAAAUGCUGCUCUGCACAAUUUUAAGUUUUUAUAUAACAUCUUCCACACUGUCCCGUAUGCAUGGAGUGCCGACCCCGAACUGAUUCAUAAGGCCACUACCUUUUCCCUGAAAUCUCUCCUUAAGACCCGCUCCCCCUGUGAUCCCUAUUAAGCAGUCAUCUCAGUAAUAAUGGCUAGGCAGAGGAACAGGUAGAUGACAUAGUGAUGAUAUUUUAAUAGUUUUAUAAAUGUAACUGCAUAUAUAUGUAUACAACUUUGUUUGUGUUUAGUUGUAUUUUUCCAUACUCCUGUAUGUCAUUUUGCUUUCUUAGAUUGUGAGCUCCUCGGAGCAGGGACUGUGCCAUUCACACGUUUUCAUGAUGUCUAGCCCAAGGAAGAGCUUUAAACCUCUCUGGGCCCCUAGGUGGUAGCUGGUAAAACAGUCUGUGUGCUGCUCUUUGACAAAGCUCAGCGUCCCUGAAAGGAAGGCUAUGUUGUAGGCAGUGCAUCUCAGCAGUGAAGCUUUUGCUUUUUAAUAUUAAACAAAAUCAGGUUAUUUAUUUUCUUCUACUUAUUUUUCUCUUCCUUCCUGACCUCCUUUCAGGUCACUAACAGAAAUACAGCUAGUGGUAUUUUCCAUUCUUGAUUCAGAACAUGUGCCAAAUAAACCCCAUUGCUACUGGUAUGUUUUGGCAGCUUAUAAAGGUCUUUACAUUGUUAUAGUAGCUAUCUGUAAAGCAAAAUGCAGUUUUCUGGGUCAUAGGUGAGGGAGACAUUGAGAUAGAACUAGUGGCUUUUGGGAUUCUGUUUGACUGGUUUUUUUGUUAUGUUUGGAUGAGGCUUCUGGUUCAAUGGGAGGCUGGGAAAACAGAAGAGCAUAGGUGGCAUUUUUAUAUUGAGUAUCAACUGUAUGUCGUUUGUGACUAAAGAGAAAGGUAAUAAAAUCUUAAGGUUGCAAAAAAUUUAGAGCAAUACAUCAUGGGUAAUAUUACCGUUUUACUGCAGUUUCAUAGCACAAAUUACUAAAAGUGAAGGAAUGCUCAGUGUGUGCCACUGGCUUUCUGCUUACAGCAGCUGCCUGACUCAGGGAAGUAACCCCCGGUUUCAGAUUGUGGUUUCGAAGGGGCUGUGUUUUUAAUAGUAAAAUUAGUUUCUGGAUUUUAUGAGAUGUCAGAGAGGGAAAAGAGGCAUUAUUUUUUUCUUAUGUGACUCAUAAGUUUUCAACGACAGAUUAACAGUUGCAGCAGGAGCCUUUUUUGACGCAGUACUUACAAUAUAAUUCUAGAUAAUAUGUGGUUAGCCCAUUCAUGCUGAAGAAUAUCCAAAAUAUUUGUGCAAAUUAGAAUUAAGAUUUGAAAAUACUAGAAAUGAUUUGAAGAUUUGAAAAUAAUAGAAAUGUUAUUAAGCUCCCUAUGCAUUUGUUUUGAUCGUAAUUCUUAUAUCACUGCAAGAAAUAGAUUUCAUUAAAUUUUCAAAAUAUUUUAAGAUAAUAAAAUUGACUUCAUAAAAAUUUUAUGUGGCUUGUGAAAAGCCUGUUUUUGAAAGACUCUAUCCUCAGUUUUUAUUUUGACGUACUUGCUAAUAACUACUUGUGAAUUUUAAAAUGAUAUGAUUCUUAGCAAGUACAUACUGUAAACAUAUAGAUGUAUGAUUCAAAAGUUUUAUACUGCUAAGCUUUUUACUGCCAAGAAGUGGAUUUGAUUUAGUGAGCAAUUUGGGAUUUUCAGUGAAAGCUUAAGUAGACAGUUCUUAAAUGAAAAGCUAAUAUGAAAAUCCUUGGGAGACAUUUCAAGAAUUUAAGAGAAAGUAGAAAAUGAAGACACUGCAGGCUACAUUUUCUUAGUGAAAUACAAUAAUAAAUAAAAAAACUCUUCUGUAUCAAAAAAACCCUACUUUGACUGAUGAGAGCACCAGUUAUGAGCUGUGAUUUUUUAUUUAUUUUUAAUAUAUUUGAUACAUAAUCAAAUAUUAAUCAUAAUCCUUUGUAUGCUGAUAAUGCUGAUCUUUGAGUUUUGGUGUGGGCUAAAGGAUCAAAUAGUAGGGUUUUCCUCCUUUGAGCAGUUUAGAUGCUAGUGCUGCCUCUCAGAUAAAAAAUAACUGUGAUAUCAUCAACAUAGGCUAUUGUUAUCUGGCAUCAAGUCUUAACUGCAUUUGAAUGGAAAAAUAUCAGUUGAUGGCAUUCAAAAGAAAUAUUAUUAGCUCUGUCUGCAAUAAGCAUUCACACUUCAUCUCAUUCUUGUUGUCCAUUGUUUCAAAGGUGGCACAUUCUAAUGGCAUCUGAAACAAUGAAAUUGCAGAGCAAAUAUAUAUAAAUGAAUGCCAAACAGUGGAUUAACUUAAACUGUUAUGUUAUGUUCGAAGAAACCGCUCACAAAAGACAUCUGAGUUCAAAAGUCAUUUUCUAAUUUCAAUAUGCUGGAGUUGAUGAUGGAGAUUUAUCUGCAGGAAACAAUGGAAUAAUCAUCAAAACAAGUCUUAAAGCCCUCACGUCAACUUCUUUGAUAGUUUCCGGUAUCUGCAGCACUUCUGUGUAGGAAGAAAGUUUUCUGAUCUUCACCAGACACUGUAUUUUAGAAGAUGAGAUCAAAAGACAUCAGACUUGAUGAAGAAUUCCUGAACAGCGUCUUUGUAAGUAACUGAUUUGCGUUACCUAUUUGAAAUUCUAAUGAGCUAGUAAUUAUAAGAUGAAGGUUGUCAUAAGGUUGUCAUUUUCACAAGCAUUAAGCAGUGAGGCUGGGUGGAAUUUGGCUGUAUGUGACAUAAUGUGAGUCCAUCUUUGUGUUGAUAAAGGGAGGUUACAGGUUUUAUGACUUGUAGUCUAUCUCAUGUGGAGUCCACAGAAGUGUAAGAGGAUACAGGAUUUGGAUCAUACCUAGAGUAUACCUGCUUUUAAAACACUUUGUAAGAGAUAAAUACUGGAAGAUAGCACAUUUUGAGGAGAAAAAUGCUAGGUUUUCCACUGAGAAAAAAGUAAUUGAAACCUAGCAGAUGUGCUGUUUUUUAGCAGCAUUUGAUACUGAAUAUUAAAAUAACAGGUACCUAACAGUUCCAAACACUUCUUCAAACAAGGUUUCAUAUUGCUUGAGGUGGGAAGCUUAAAAUGACAUUUUAAAAAACUGGGAAUCCCUGAACAGGGAGGUCAGAUGAGUCACUGUGCGGGUGUUCUCAUUUGCACUAGUACUAUUUUGAAUUUAUCAUAUUGCUCUCUAGUGUGUGUAGUACCUGUCCCUAAUGCUCAGUUUUCUUUGCUACAGGACAGUAAUUGAAAAGGUUUUCAAAACCUUUCUGCAUCAACCAACAGGAAAAUGGUAUAAAAGAAGUUGGAAAAAGAAUUGUAAGUGUUAAAGAAAAUAUGGGUUUUGUAGCGUUUGGAGCCAGAUGAAUGAAAUACAUUGAUAUAUGUGAGUGUCACUUGUUAUGCUCAGAUACUAUCAACUGAAUAUUUAACAACAUACUCAAAAUCAUGAGUGUAUGAAGAACAGUAAGAGUUGCAUGUAUUUCCCAACGAGGUACAGUUAGGACAAUAGAAAAAUUUUCAACACUUUUAAUGUGUUCUCUCUCUUUUUCAGGAGCCAUGGAGAUGAAGGACUUACCUCCCUCAUCUCAAAACUCCUUUUGCUGCAAUUUUUCUUCAAAUGUUCAUGUACCCAUGUUAACUAAUUCCUAAUAUGAUCAAAAAUAAAUAUUUUUAGAUAAUUUGUCAUAGUUUGCUUGUUUUUUCCCUUCGGUGUGGAAGUGUGAGAGUAAGUGUAAGAAUGGAGAAGGCUGCAAGUGUCUUGGGUCCUCCACCUUUCUUUUUAGUAUCUUUUGGUUGAUUAUGUUUCUUUUCUGAAUAGGCCAAAUUUUCAAAUGCUGUCUCUUAAACAGAAGUAUCAGAUUGCCACGUAAAUUCCACCUGGCUUGCAGGGUAGGAGUGGGUAUUGACUAUAUUCUCUGCUUUGUUUUUGUUCUUAAACAGAAACCACUGUUAGACAAUGACCAUUCCUCUUUCAAGGUAGGCUGAAUUGUAAGGCUGAAGGAUUGCAGGUGCAUUUUAAAUGCCUGUAAAAUAAUUUUAUCAGUUGAACAUACUGUUGAAGAGCUGGUACUUGAAAAUUGUAUCUAGAAAGAAUUUGAACAGUCAUCUGCCUUCCUAAAAUUACUUUUGAUUGUGUGACUAUGAUACAUAAGUAUGACUUAUAUGUAGUAAUGUGAAAUUAUCUUCAGGCCUAGAAACACAAAUAAGACUUUCUUUCAAGAAAGUUUUGGUAGUUCCUAAUGUGAAUACAUACAAAUAAUUUUUCUAAGUCAUGUUACUAUGUUUGUAGAUACUCAAUGAUUAAUUUUACUAACAGUUUUUAUGUUUUACUGAUUUAUUUUACAUUAUUUUCCCAUCAUUUUUGAAUUUUUUUGUACAUUGGAGAGCUUACAGUAUCUCAGACAGCAUAAUUGUGUUUUUACUCAGUUUUAGUAGAAGGGAAAUGUUUCAAAUGGCUUGUGUUUUUGACUAUAUUGCGAAGCACUACUGUUAUUUCCUCAUGCUAACUUCUAAAGUAAUAUUCUCUUCCUGUUACUUGCAAUAUGAAAAACAUGUGAUUUUGAUGCUGUGAGUUGAGCACAGUCCUGUAAAUUGUUUGUUUGGACCAGGGCUGGAUCAACUUCAUUCCAGAUUGAAAUGUGUUCAUGGUGACAGGUUCCUGAGUAUUAGUGUGAUGUUCUAACUGGAAACUCAGAUCAUUUAGUUUGUAUGUUUUGUUUUUUUUUUUAAUAACGCUUAGGUGACAUAGGCUCAACUUGUUUCCUCCAAAUUUGAUCAUAAACAAGUUUGGGUUAAAAUCUUGACCUUGAAUACUCUUCCAUUGAAACAAUUAUUUAACUGUGGUUGGCCUCUUAAUUCUUGGUGAUAUGUUGGGGAUCUAAUUAUACUUUAUCUACUUUUAGUCUUUGAUUUUUUUUCUGUUCACAUUCAAAUAACUAGGAAAAAAAAAAAUUAGUUCUCAGUGGGCAUAGCUAAUGCAACAGUGAUUCCUUUUUAACCAUUUUCAAAUACGUAAUCCAUUUUUCUGCAGACACUACAGAUUUAUUCAUCACAUACAGUUGCUUCUAUGACAAGCAACAUGAUCACAUGAGCUUCUGUAGUCCAAUCAAGCUUGCUUUUGAAAUUAGUAGAUUCUUAUCUUGAUGCUGCUCCCCCAUUGGUAUUGGACAGCUGUUCCAGAAUUUUGUUCAUCUGCUUCUUUGAAAGCACUGUCUAGAUUCCUGUAUGUUUGCCCAAAUUUCCUUUACACAGUUCCUCUCAGAACAGAGGCAUUCUUCCUGAAAUAUUUAUCAAGUAUUUAUCAUUCUUCAACAAACUAAGAAAGGCAGUCAUUUGCCUCUGUAUGGGAAGUUACAAAAAUCUGAAAGGAAUGCAAUGGGUAUGAGAGCACCUACUUGUUUUAGAUGUUCUUUCUGUGCAUGCAAACUUGUAAUUUAACACAUAUCAGCUUCUGGUCUUUAUGCUAAAAACAGAUUGCUGGUAGUUAAACCUUAAAAGAAAGAGAUAAUAAUUAUAAAAAAUGAUAAAAUGCAUUUUUAAUAUUCACACAUAAGACUACUCCUUUAGUUUUAGUGUCUGAUUUUCACAGAUAAUUGACAAAGAAAAACAAACUGUACUGGUUAAUGAAAGAAAUUAAACUCAGCUUGCACACUCACAUUUAGGGAAGGCAGUGGAAACAAAGUAUGUGCAUAUGCAGUACCUGACAUUACAGCCUAAGUUUCUAGAUCGGUUGACACCAAGGAAGAAUGAAUAUCCUGUGUUUCCAUCACUUUUCAAAAGGAAAAAUUCAUGGGCCAAAUAUUUGACUGUGGUUGACUGCAGAUGCUAGAAAAGGUGGGUGAUACUACAUCGUAUAGGUGCAACUGGCAUUGUAUUAAGUUUUGCAUAACAGAUUGUGCCUGGUACAGUUUCUGUCUGUAUCUAUCUUAGGUAUUUACAAGGCAUCUAUCACCUUGGUACCUAAGCAGUUUGAAAAAUGCACCUACCCCAGGAAGCAUGAUGCAGAUACAGGCAGAGGCCCAGGUCCAGAGCAGCAGAGGCAGGUCCCAGGAAGCUCCCCAACUGUGGUACCGCUGUUGUUGAGCUCCUGGCCCACUUGUGGCCAAGGAACAUCUCCACCUACCUGUCAGCAGGAAGACGGUACCCCACCCCUCACGUCCAGCUCCACUGGUGGGGAAUCUGAAAAGGAGAUGUAAAUGGAAAAGGCAACGGUCCAGUAGCAGAGGUGAAACAGAAAUGGUGGGAUUUCAAAAGGAGGGAUUCUUAAAGAACAGCACAUCUCAGGGGAGGGAUCAACUGCCAGUCCAAGUGGCAGAUGUCACUGGGGAACAAGAUGGGGAGGUUCCUGGAUCCUCGGGGCAAGCUGGCCGUCUCCGAGGGAGCUCGCCGUCCACGCCGGCUGAAGAACAGGAAUCCUCGGUGCCUGCUUCUGACGAAGACUCGCCGGCCAGGACCACAGAGAGCUGGCAGUGGCCGUUGUCCUCGUCUGAAACGCACAGCAACGUUGGGGAGGAUUUUGAGGGAUUUCAAACGCCAGCGCGGACUCCGGAGUGUACCAUGGACAUACAGUCUCCCGGGGAUCAGUCACUCAGUAGGACUCCUCAGUUUGAAAGUGACUCUCCUGAGGAGGAGGGCAAUGAUGAGAUGAAUGAAGAGCACCGCGGUGUUGAGCCUGUCCCUAGGGAUCGGGGUUGGAGAGGGCAGCCCCAGCUAACAGAGGGAGAGAAGCUGUUGAUGGAAACCAACAGUAGGAUUGUGCAGCUGCUGGAAAAUAUCAAGAGGGAGCAUGCACAGUCCAUGGGUCUCAUGUCACAGUCCAUGGGCCGCAUGGAGCUGCAGCUGGGCAUUGUGGCUACCUCCACAAGAGCCAUCCAUAACUACCUGUCAGAGAUUUUAGCUUUUCUCAAGCAGCCACGGACGCAGGUCCUUGAAACACGCAUCUCCCAAAGAGCCACCCCCCAUGUCGAGUUAACCUGUGCCUCGACAUGGACUGGUGAGGACGCAGUGGCAGCCUCCACUGUGUGCUUACCAGGGGCCGAAGGGACGAGCGACUCUCGAGAACCGCCGCAGGCCACGCUGCCUUGUCGCAGUGGCCGGCUGCAGAGAGCCAUAACCGAGAGGGCCUCGUUGCCCAUGCCUACACGCCAGGCAAAAGGGGGAGGGAAGAAAAAAUAACCACACCGUAGGAUUUUUAGGGUUUUUUUUAAUGUGCCUGUCCUUUUAAUUCUUAGCCAUAAGGCCAUCAGUGGCAGAUUUCAACCAUUUCCUACAUUGGCUAACAUUGUAUUCUGGCUGACUAGAUUAGUCUAACAUUUUGUAGUUUAUAUUUGCACUGUUAACAAUGUGUGCUGCUGGUAUUUGAAGAACAUUUGCCUCUGUUCUUUCACUUUAACUUCAUACAAGCAUUUUUUUACUCUGUGCCAGGCAUUCAUUGCUUUUCUUACAAAUACAAGUCAUUUCUUGAGGCAGCUGUUUUUUGAGUUUUCUUUCUCCAUUAUCCCAUCCCCUCUGAGCAAGCAUUCUGGAGUUGGUGGUAAGUAUACAGGUCUUGGCAAUACUCGCCUCCAAAACUGUGUUCGAUCAGUCUUUGCCUGGUGUUUCUGGCAUGCCAGCCUGAGGUGUUGGGGUUAGCCUGUACUGGAUCAUGAUCAUUCUUAUCCUCUGUGGGUCUGACAAGCUCACUUUCUAAGACCCUCGGUGGAGCUAAUCCACGUGUCUUGGCUAUGUCUUAUUAGAAGUAAUGUUGCCAGGAUCAUACCUCAUAUUUAUCUUUUGGGGCUUGUACAGUAAUAUGCCACCAGAUCUAUCUAGGUACCUGACUCUCAUUUUCAAAGUUCCUUUUACGAUGGAUCUGGUGGUUGGAUGGGCAGCAUUAUUUUUCCUCUGAGAGAGUCGGGGGAUUUGAAACAGGAGUCACUAAGCAAUGUGUUCUUGGGGAUAAGAACCAUCUCCUUCACCAAAUCUAGUGGGAGGAGACUGUCCCCUGUAAUUAUCACAGAUAUUAAUUAUUUAAGAAAAUGAAAAGAAAAAAAGAAAAAGAAAAAAAAAACUUGCCUAGCAGCCAGACCUCUUGAGAAUGUAAAUGUCAUGACAUGCUGUUGGGUAUUGUGCUACUAUGUCUGUGAUUAAGAGUUUUUCAUCAGAAAUGACCUACGUGCUGAUAAAAUACAACUACUUUCUGUGCCUUUAGGCCAUCUAAUUUCCUGAGGGCUGGCACCCUGAGUAGAACACGGGUGCAAUUGGUAACCCACAGGGCAGAUGGAAAUGCACUUUGCAAUAAAUUAUUUUAUAUCUGUUGGUGCUGCCUCUCUCGGGGGAAUUUAAUAUAGUGGCACUCAAAUUGCUAUAUGCAUGCAGAGGCAUCAGACUGGCUUAUCCAUGUGGUAUCCCUGACAGUUCUCUGGAAGGAUGCUGUUACCAGGAGUCCCUUGAGCGUGGUAACUAAUGAUCACAGGUGUAGCAUGGCUCCUGUGUUUGACUCUCCACAUAUCUUUGUAACAUUUUGUAAAGAUUCAGAGGAGUUUAUAUGGCGAAGCAGUGAUGAAUUCCUCCUUUGGCAAAUACUAGAAAAUAACUGUAGGCCUAAAAAUCCUCUUCUGUGAAUACAGCUGAACGGUGCUCUCUCUGUCCAGUGAGCCAUAGCCUCUUCUUUCUCGUCUUUCUCUGAGACUGAAGUUAAUCAAAAUAAAGCACAUACAACAUUUUGUUAUUCUACCAGUCAGCCACAGAUUGCUCCCUUAUAAGUGUGUGUGCGUGCGUGCUUGUGGCUGUACAUUGUAAAAUGAAUGGUUUAAUGAUGAAAUGCAGCUGGCAUGGCCAACCUCCAGUGUAGGCUCUUUGCAGUAAAGAAUAUUUCUUCCCUUCCACCUACAUCCAGCCGCAUUCCCUCUGAGACUACCAUUGGAGGCGUUCUUCUUCAGUCACACUGCUGACACACUUUACACAAGGUGCAAAUUUUUGUACCUCUUCCAUGGCUUUUUUAUAUACUUCUUUUUGUUAAAACUGUUUGUAAAUGUAUCCUCAGAGAAUUUCCAGUACAAGCUUGUAAGAUUCCCCUCUCAUUGAUACAAGAAGCGCAUGCUGCCGAAUAUUUAAGAUCACAAGAAGGAGAUGUGGGAGAGAAGCCCAUUAGUGAGCUCUGAGAAAUUAGUCCAGUAUGUGCGGCCUUCUGAACACGUGUUUCUGGUGCAUACGUGGUUUGCACACUGGUACUGUGAAUAUGAACAGCUAAGCUAAAGGCAAAGACAAGUGGAAGUUUGUCCCAAUAUGCUUACAUCUUAUUUCUUUGGGAUAAGUUUGAACAAAGCUGAAUACAAAUCAGCCAAUUAAUUUUCUUGGCCUAAUUAAUGUGUGUCUGAUAAUACAGUGAGAAUGUUUUUAUUUUACGUAGUAUUUUCACUUCAAAAGUGUGGUGCAGUAGUGUGGUCAGAUGCUAAGUAAGAUUUUGACGUACUCUGCAGGACCCGCCAUGUAGCUGCUGCCAUUUAGAAUAAAUUGCAUUCCACUGUAGUUUUGAAAACGCACCCUCUGCUCUACCUUUGCGUUCGGAUCAAAGACAGCAGAGAAAAUCAAAGACAUCUGCUGCGCAGAUGCAGUAGUGCUGCUGUUGGAAAAACUGCCUGAGGAACACCUAAAGAGUUCCUUGCAAAGCAGCUUAAGCUGUCACCUGAUCUCUCCCGUUGCUCACUGCUUUAGCUAGAUGUGGAAAGACCCAAAACCACUUGAAUGGGAGCAAUUAUAGGGUGAGAGUGACUAAGAACAUGUCCACAGGCAAGAAACCUGCAAUAAACUCACACAGAAUGAAGUUAUUCCAGCUGGAAGUAGUAGGUGGUAUUAAUAAUUGGUACCAACUGAUAUUUUGGUCAGAUCUUAAAUUAAGAUCUGACUUAUAGUGUUGUCUAGCAAAAUCAGUGCAGUUGGAGAGUAUGUAUGUUUCAUCCCCAAACAAAUAUUUUCAUGCUUUUCAAGUGUCUGUCAUAGCCUCAUCACUCUUUCCCUGUAGCUUUUUGUUGUCUGAAUGGGUAUAUGGUUACAUGUGUCUGUUAAAAUAAAAGGGGAUCCUUGUUCUUACAUGGUAUAUUUAUAUUUCUUAUUUACAGAUUUUGAGUACCUAAUGCCUCAUUUUCACAAACUUCCUUCUCUCUCUAUCCCAAAGACCAGUUUUUAGGCCUUCUGGGAUGAUAAAAAAGGGUGGGAAAGACUUAAAAUGAAAUUUCUCCACCCUUGAAGCUCUUGGUGAUAGAUCCCCUAAGUACAGUUUUACGGUCUAGCCAUAUUUUUGUUGUAUAGGUCAAAUGUUAAUGGUGACACUGUUGCUUUAUGAUGCCUUUUGCUGAGCAGAAGUGCAGAUAUUUUUCCUUCAGAAGGUCAAAGUUUGUAUUAUAAAAUCUUAUGAAAUGUGACUUGAAGUUUAUUUUAUUUUUGAAUACAUGUGAUGGUUUUAAGAUUUUUUUUUCUUCCUUUCACCAAAUGAUUUUAAACACUCAGAAAUAAAGCAGACCAAUGGAAAAAAAAAAAAAAAAAAAAAAGUCAAACGAUAACUUCAAUUGAGUAGAAACAGCAACAUCACACUUGUGAAAAAGUUUUCAACAGUGUUCUGAUUCUCCUCAAUCUUUCCGUUCCUGCCUGCUCCCUGACCCUCUGUCACACUAAAAUAACCACUCCUAGGACAACCUGCUUUCUAACCAGAGGGCUAAAAGUUCUUCCCUCUCUUCUUCUCCUGCUUAAAAUGUCAUCCUUGCAUCUGCAAGAUCUACUGUUUAGAGGGACCAAAAACUUUUUUCCUCCUGCCUUAUUCCCAUCCAUAUCCAUAUCCAGGGCCCUGAGCAUGCUGCUCUCCAGUGAGAGGUAAAGCUUAAAUCACUUAAUCUGAUGCUUUGCAGACUAGCAUCAUCUGUAGACUGCCAAAAGCCUGCUUUUUUUUUCAGUCUGUAAUAACCUAAUGGAGUAGAUACCCUUUUCUGCUGAAAUAAAAAUCGAACAUUUGGGAGGUGGAUCUAAUUGCUGAAAAUUAACAGUGCUCCUGCUCACGUUGUGAAAGCCUAGUAGCCAGGCUAAGAUAUUCCAUUUAUAUAAGUAUCACAGCCAAUAUAACUGAUCUCUACUCUGGUGAGACUUCAAAGGAAAAGACACUAAAUUAAGAUGAUAAUUAAGUACAGAAUAAUCAAUAUGGUGCAGUCCGUUUUUUCUUAGGGAGGCAAACAUGUUGAAAGGCGUAGAAAGGAAACUUGUUGGUAUGGUCUGAGUUUGGAUUCUAGUACAGGUUCAGAAAUCAAACUGUUCUGCUGGCUUGGGCUACUCAUUUAAUUUCUCCAUGCCUUAGUUUUGUAGUAGUAGAAAUAGCAAUAAAGGAGCUGUAAGGCUAUAAUUAGUUGAUUGGUGCUUGGAGGUCCUCAGUCUAAGGAAUGUAAUAAACACUGAUGAAUCUUGUUUGUGACCACAGUUGGAACUGGGGCUAAAGCAAAUGCUCUUAAGUUCAGAAGAUCUCAAUCAAAGAUUUUUCCCUGUAUUUUAUCGUCAUGCCAUGUGAAUCAGUAAAUUAGAAUCCCAAAUCCAAAUGUUGAAGUUGUCAUUCUGAUUUGGACUUUGACUGUUUGGUCUGUUUCUGACCACAGCUAAAUAUGUUCCCAAAGUUAAUAAAAUAAUAAUAAUUAAAAAAAACAAAUAUUCAAAUUUCAUUUAAAGAAUGACGCAGUUGCUUAUAAUGCUAAUCUUAUAAUCCAAAAUCAUAUAGGUUAGACAUGAUUAAUUGAGGAAAAUAGGCAUAAAAGAGCACUUCUAGAGUACUUGUUAUUGUCCAAAAUAUCUCUGAAAUUCUGAUGACUAAGUACAGUCUGCUUAUCUCUAUUUGAAACAGUUCUUUGCAGAUUUCAUUAUUUCUAAAGGUCUUCUUUCCAUUUCUAUAUAGAUAUUGUCCCUUCACAUUUUGAAGGUUUGAAGAAGAGGAUUGUUUUUCGAGUCACACUAAGUAAACAUUAAAUGCAUGCAGGCUUAAAACUAAAGCAUGCAUGUUAUGCAGCAGCAAUAAAAAGUGCUCGGCUUGCACGACUUAUGAUGCUCAAGCAUUGCCUUGUUAAAAUGCCAAAAAAAAAAAAACCUUUUUCUUUGCAUUUUUUUUGAAAAGUAAAUCUCUUCCUUUGACCUUGCAAUACUUAAUUUUUCACGUUUUGGACAAAUGAUAUUUAUUUUACUGAAUACUUUUAUA